GACAUUUUGAAGGAAGAAAUAUUAGAAUAUGAUGACUGAUUAACUAUAGAAAAAACUGAGGGUAAAAGUCUACGGUAUCUCCAAGGUUUUAAAUCUGGGAAGUUAAAAGAAUGGUGGAGCUACUGAAAGAAAUAUACACACUCGUAAUACUUUUCAUUUUAGGUAUUUAAGAGAUUAUGGCAUCUGAAACCCACAAUGUUAAAAAACGGAACUUUUAUAAUAAUAUUGAGGAUCAUUCCAUUGAUCGUCCUAGAAAAAGGAUCUCUAAUUUCACUAAUAAGAACAUGAAGGAGGUUAAGAAAUCUCCAAAACAGUUGGCUGCUUACAUAAAUAGAACAGUUGGACACGCUGUUAAAAGCCCAGAUAAACUACGUAAGGUGAUCUACCACAGAAAGAAAGUUCAUUAUCCUUUUCCAAAUUCUUGUUUUAAAAAGAAACAGUCCCCUAGAAGUGGGGGCUGUGACAUGGCAAAUAAAGAAAAUGAACUGGCUUGUGCAGGCCACCUGCCUGAAAAAUUACACCAUGAUAGUCGAACAUAUUUGCUUAACUCCAGUGAUUCUGGUUCUUCACAGACAGAAAGCGCAUCAUCAAAAUACAGUGGUUUUUUUUCUGAGGUUUCUCAGGAUCAUGAAACAAUGGCACAAGUUUUGUUCAGCAGGAAUUUGAGAUUGAAUGUAGCUUUAACUUUCUGGAAAAAGAGAAGUAUAAGUGAACUUGUAGCUUAUUUGGUGAGGAUAGAAGACCUUGGAGUGGUGGUAGAUUGCCUUCCUGUGCUUACCAAUAGUUUACAGGAAGAAAAACAAUACAUCUCACUCGGCUGCUGUGUAGACUUGUUGCCCCUUGUAAAGUCACUACUUAAAAGCAAAUUUGAAGAAUAUAUAAUAGUUGGUUUAAACUGGCUUCAAGCAGUCAUAAAAAGGUGGUGGUCAGAACUCUCGUCCAAAACAGAAAUUAUAAAUGAUGGAAAUAUUCAGAUUUUAAAACAACAAUUAAGCAGAUUGUGGGAACAAGAAAACCAUCUUACUUUGGUUCCAGGAUAUACUGGUAAUAUAGCUAAGUUGCAUUGAAAGACUUCAUCUACUAAAGAGCAUUUGGUUAUUCAAAACAUCCCUGGACUAUAUGAUUUCCAAACAAGUCUCAUUGGAGAACUGUGAACUAUGAAAGAAAUCAAAACCGUUUUCUUCUAAAGCCACAUAUGAAACCAAUAACAAAACCCUAGCAAUCUACUUCACAUUGAAGUGGAAAAAUAUCCGAAAGGAGCAGCUUCAACUUUAAUAAGGUGAAAGUGCACUAUGAAGAUUGUUCACCUUUGCUGCUUUUGGGAUUUACAUGAUUACUUGGCAAGAACUACUGGAUCUUAAUGCAAUCCUUCAUAAGAAUAUACUUUAUACUAUGUGAAAAAAUAAGACAAAACUUAUUACUAGGAAAAGCAAAGACCAAUCAUUACUUUUUUUAAGAUUGUGUUUUAUAAGAAAACACUCAAAUGUGUGCAGCUAUUUUCUUAUGUUGAAAGACUUUAAAAGUUUUAAACAUCCUAGCAAAUAAUUAAUACUAAAAGUUUUUUUGUCCACACUGAAAUACUGUGUAAACAAAAUGCCUUAAUUAUUAAUAAGCCAAUGUAUAUGAUACCAAGAUCUGUUUUUAAAAAAAGUAAAACCAACCAUGCUUCUGGCAUGAAAGUUAUGGAAUUAAAUCAGGGGUUUCCAUUCAUGUGGAAUAUUGUUAAAACUUAUUCCACACCAUCUUUAAAACUUGAGAAUAUGUUUAAUAUCUCUGAAAUCGUUUUGCCAGAAUCGUCAUGUCAUGUAUGUAUGUGUUAUUCUUAUAUAAAAGAAAGAGGUGAAUAUGUAUUUGUAUGUGUGCUUAGUUGGAAAUGUUCAUAGAGUUGGCUAAUUUAUAUUCACUUUCUACUGUAUAUAGAUUUCUAAUAUUUUCAGUUCUGUAUCAUUUAAGCUUCAUUUGAGUAAAUUUACUAAAUAUUUCCAUUUUUUGCUUUUUAAAAAUCUGGUUUUGUAUGAAUUCUAAUUGUUUUUCACUACAUUAUGAUUUAAAGAAUUAUAUACAAUGCUUUAGAAGUGUUUACAGUUAGUGCUGACCUUAUAUUUUGAGUUCCAAUACUUUAUAUUACUACCUCCUCCAAUGGUUGGUAUGAAAUGCCAGCAGACUGUAUGAGGUCUUUUUUUUCUUAAUACCAUUUUUUGGUGUCAAUGACCCCACUUGUGGAAUGUCUUCACAGCUGUACUUUUUAGCCUGUCUUGAGAGUGAUUGGGCUUUAAAUACCACUAUUGGUUCCUACAUCAUCUCAUCUUGAAUGAGCCCGAGCAAAGAUUUUUAGUAUCAAAUUUCUGUGCAGUAAUCCUUCAAGCACUUGAAUGUAAGCCUUUAGCAUUUACCCAAUUAGUGACUACUGAUGUGAAUCCUAAACAAGCAUUUUUAUUGGUUUAAAAAUAUUAAAAAUGUUCUCUUUUACUGAGUUCUCCUUUUGUGUAGCUAUAUUUCAUAUAGCUGUGUAUUCUUCACAGUAGUAAUUGGCUAUUUUCUUAAAUCUUUAGGAUAAUUUCAGAGUACUGCACUCCCGUGAUUUAAGAGUUGAGUUAUUUAAGAACUCAUUUUUCAGGAGGUGGGAAUUUGAAUCGGAAACCUGCGUCAUCUCUGUGAAACCUUAAGAUGAUGAAAUAUAACCUUUCUUUGUUCCUGUUUCUUUAGUUAUCACUUUAUCUAACAGUUUGAACCAGUUAACUCAGAGCAUGGUGCUACUGAGGCUAAGGACAGGAGCUUUACAGGUUCAUUCACUUUACACACAUACACAGAACUAUUCAUAGUUACAGACUGCACCUUUUCUUAGGUAUCUGUCUCACAACUUCAGCUUUUGGUCACAAGGAAGAUGGUGUGUAUACUUAGCAUAAACCCUUCACCUCAAAUAGAAAGAUAUCUCAAAUAAUUGGUAUAUGUAAUACUGUAGACUUUGAAUCUAAUAUUUAAAACAAUAUAAUAUUAAAAAUAAUAUCUAAAAUACUGUGUUAUUAUAAUUUUCUCUGGUAAGAUCAUUGACUAAACAAUAUCUUCUAAAAUUAAACUUCAAUAAAUCAAACUUCAGUAAAAAUUAAGUACAAAUGAAACAUAUUAAGAAAAUGUACUACCUCAUUAACACUGAGUUUUUGUGCCUAACUUUGGGUUUGUUGAAGGAGAGUUGAUACUCCAUUUUAUUUACUUGGAGCUAUAUAAAGCAGCAGUCUUUAGCUCACAAAGAUUAUUCAAUACCACACAUUCCUAAUUCUUGGCCUUUGCAAUUUGCCUUAAUACCUACCUCUCACUGACUGAGUUAUGAUUAGUAUUAGUUGAUUUUAAGAUUCUUGAUAAAAGAUAUUAGAUAAGUAAAUAUUACUGAACACUUCUGUUGCUAUUAAGCUCUUAACAUGCUAUUUAAUCAGAACAGUGUUGAUAUCCAGAAAGAGCCAAAGAAAGUGUUUAUAAAGUAUUUUGGCUGUUGUAUGACCUAGAUUAGGACAAUCGCUGUCUGUCAUCACUCAUUUGUGGCUGUGCUGCUAAGCAGUACACAGAACUGAGGGACUACCCAAGGUUUCUAUGCCUUACUACCGCUUCUACCUUUUAGGUUUUCUGUACUGAACUUUGCUAACUUUGCAAGUCUAAGGACAGUUUAUUGAGGUGAUAGAGGGUUAUAAUCAAGUAAUUUCUUUCUACUAGAAAUAAAGUGAGUGGAUUUUGUAAUAAGUGAUCAUGAUCAGAAAAAGGGUUAAAAGUUAGGAAGCAAGCAUUAUUAGAUGGUUUUAAAAAUUAAUCUUUUGGCAGUAAUUUUAAAGAUAAUUGACAGAUUAUUUACCUGAGUCCUGAGAUGUGAGGAUUUGGAUAUCUGUAUCUACUUUGGAGAAUCAUUAAUGUCAGCACUAAAGUCUAAGGGCAACUGAGGAAUUAAAUCCUUAUCCAUCCCCCUAAACAUAUUUGGUACAUGUCAUAUCCUAACCUUAAAAAUUGGUGUGUGUGUGUGUGUGUGUGUGUGUGUGUGUGUUCAAGGCUAUAUUUUUGGCCUUUGAAAUAGUAAUUUUCUCAAACUUGGAGCAUUUCUACAUUUUGCAAGUUAUUAAUAUAAUUAGUAUUAAUGGAUAACUAAUUUGAGUAAUGAUUAUUACCUAUUAAAUACUGAUAAUAUAAAUCAUGUAAAUGUUUGUUUAGUUAGUUAAAUGAGUCAAGGAAUCUGGAAAAAAAACAACAAAAUUUACGUUAAUAUUUUGUUAGUCAUUCCCAAGUAUCUCUUCAUAUUUAAGAACAAGAUGGUAAUGUCAAUUGCCUUUAUUGACUUAAAGGGGAAAAAUAUAGAAUCACAAGCAGCUGACUCACUGGAGUGGUCCAUUUGGAUGCACUACUACUUAUCUUUCAAUAUAGACUAUUAUUUUCUGGAUUACUUCAGGUGAAAAAAGUAUUACUGGACAUUUGUCGGUAGGUAUUAACUCCUUUUUUCUCCUCAAUUUCCAGUUCUUCUAUCUGUGAAAAUUGUCAUAAAACAACACACUAUUCCCUCUUUUUUAUUCUGUAACAGGAAUAUAGAAUAAAAAGUUCCUCCCUAAA